AUUUUGUUUUCUGUCAUAUUUUAACCCAAUAAAUUUUCUCGACUCACAUUGCAUUUAUUUUUGUUUACCACGAAAUAUCAGAUAAUUGUUUAUCAUGUCCCGUUUAAUAGUGAAAAAUUUACCAAAAAAUAUAAAUGAACAAACUCUAAAAGAUCUCUUUGGGCAGAAGGGAACUGUAACAGACAUACAGCUCAAAUAUACUAAAGAUGGAAAAUUUCGAAAUUUUGCAUUUAUUGGUUAUCAAAAUGAAAAUGAGGCUGAAGAAGCGAUCAAAUACCUGGACAAUACAUUUAUCAAAACCAGCAGAAUAAGAGUGGAAAAUUGUGCAACAUUGGGUGAUGAGAAGAAACCAAAAUCAUGGAGUAAGUAUGCUCCUGAUAGUACAGCUUACAAGAAAGUUAAUAAAAUUGACCAGAAAUCUGAUCCUGUCGUACCAAAAGAAGCCAGAAAAAGUAAAGUGAAAAUUGAUGAAUCAGCAGAGUUACUUGAAAAGUAUAAAGAUGAUCCAAUGUUUGAAGAAUUCCUUCAAGUUCAUGCUCCAAAUGAAAUUCAGAAGCUUAACAAAAUUGAACAGAAACAAAUGGAAAAAAAAGAAAAGUCGAAUGAAAAUUCAGAUGGAAAUAGUAAUGAAGAAAGCCAAGAUGAAGAUGAUGAAGACAAUGAUAAUAAUGCUGAAACUGAUAAACUAGCUAACAACCGUAUUUCAGAUAUGGAAUAUAUGAAGCAGUUGAUGAAGGGCAACUUGGAGAGGAAACCUAGACAAAAAAUGGAAAAGAAAGUUAAGGAAAAAAUCAAACUUUUCACUGUAAAGUUACGAGAUCUGCCUUAUAACAUUAAGAAAAAAGAUAUUAAAGAUUUCUUCAAACCUGCCAAAUGUUACAGUAUCAGAAUACCAAGGAACAUUCAUGGGAUAGCUUAUGCAGGAUUCAAGACAGAAAAACUCUUCAAUAAAGCAUUGAUCAAAAACAGAAGCUUCAUAAGAACAGGUCCACUGACGGAGGUGAAUCUACCUGUUGAUCGAAAUACUAAAGUAAUAAAAGGUUUUGGAACUGUCACAUUUUUAAUGCCUGAGCAUGCUGUGAAAGCUUAUGGUGAACUUGAUGGAUCAAUUUUACAAGGAAGAAUGGUACAUUUACUGCCUGGAAAAAGUAAAGAUACUACUGAAGAGGAGCUGUUGGAGGAGUCGUCUAAUUACAAGAAGAAAAAGUCUGCCAAAGAAAAAGCUCAAGCUGGAUCAGGACACAAUUGGAAUUCCCUAUUUUUGGGUCACGAUGCAGUAGCGGAAGUUAUAGCUGACACAUAUGGAACCACCAAAGAAGCUGUUAUAGGCCCUGAUGGAAAAGGGAGCGCUGCGGUGCGGUUAGCUCUAGGGGAAACACAGAUUGUCGCUCAGACUAGGAAGUACCUGGAAGAUGAGGGAGUUAUUUUGGAUGCUUUUAUGACUCCAUCGACGAAGAGAUCAAAAACUAUCAUCUUGGUUAAAAAUUUACCAUCAAGAACUGAAGCUCGAGUUAUCAGAGAGUUGUUUGAGAAACACGGAGAAGUUGGAAGAGUUAUUAUUCCUCCGAGCGGUAUUACAGCCAUUGUGGAAUUUUUGGAACCGUCAGAAGCAAGGAAAGCAUUCACAAGGCUAGCUUAUUCAAAAUUCCAAAACGUACCUUUAUAUUUGGAGUGGGCUCCAGAAAAUCCCCUCAAGGAAACUGCACAAAUCAAACCCAAGGAAAAGGCAGAAACAAAUAAUGAGGGGAAAAAUAGUCAACAAAGUGAAAAAAUUGAAACAGUCAAUGAGGAAGAAGAAGACGAAGAAGAACCGGAGCCUGAAACGACUCUAUUUGUUAAAAAUCUGAAUUUCAAAACCACAGAUGAAGGUCUGAGAAAGCAUUUUGAGGGAUGUGGAAAAAUCCAUUAUGCCAACGUGGCCGUAAAGAAAGACAAAAAUGAUCCGACCAACAAGUUAUCGAUGGGUUAUGGUUUCGUCAGGUUCAUGCUCAAAGCCAGUGCCGAAAAAGCCCUGAAGACCCUGCAACAGAGCGUUCUGGAUGGAAAAUCCUUGGAGUUGAAGAGAUCAGAAAGAACCCUGAAAAAUGAAGUACAGACCAUCAAGAAACCUAGCAAGAAAACAAAACAAACGGGCACCAAGAUUCUAGUUAGAAAUAUUCCCUUCCAAGCAACGAGAAAAGAAAUUGAAGAACUCUUCAGUACUUUCGGAGAAAUCAAGGCUUUGAGAUUGCCCAAGAAAAUGGUGGUCGGCUCAAAUUCUCAUCGUGGGUUUGCAUUUGUUGAUUAUUCCACUGAAUCAGAUGCUAAGACUGCUUUUGAUGCCUUGUCACAAAGUACACAUUUGUUUGGUCGGAGGCUGGUUCUCGAGUGGGCUUCGACUGGAGAGGACUUGGAUGAAAUGAGGAAAAGAAAUGCAGAUCACUUUAGUUCUGGCCAAGAAGUGAAAAAGUCCAAGAAAAGUGUAUUCACUUUGGAUUGAUACAAGAUGUUUUUACAUAGCUUUGUUAUUUAUUUUUAAGUUUUUUGUAUAUUAUGAGAAAUAAACGCCUUAAAGUUAAA